UAUAUACAUAUGCAGCGAUCUUUUCUUCUUUAUUGUCCGAAAGCUAAAGACAGCGCAGACAGAGCAGAUUGAAUAGAGAGAGAAUAUAUAGAAAGCAACAGACUGAUUUCCAGUACUCUCUCUCUAGAACACCACUGUUCUCUUCACCAGAUUUCAAUCAUGUUGUUAUAAUUGUAGGAGGGUUGAUUUGUAUUGACAAGUUGAUGAUAGAGAGUACUAGUGAAUAUGUUAAGAGAUGAAGUGUAGAUUUGACAAAUGGGGUGUGUUCUUGGUCGAGAGGUUUCGUCGGGGAUAGUUUAUGAGGCUAAGGAGGAGAAGAGGGAGGGUGUGAAUGAGAGAAAGAGUAAGAAUUUGAGUGUUGAAGAGUCUAGGGAGACAUUAGGGGAGACCAAGAUCGAUAAUGAUAAGGGUGGGGUGACCCGGAAGGAGGAGAAGGUUGACGGUGAUAAGCGGUCGCAGGGUGAGAGGAGGAGAUCGAGGCCGAAUCCGAGGCUGGGUAAUCCCCCCAAGCAUAAACAUGGGGAACAAGUUGCAGCUGGAUGGCCAUCUUGGCUUUCUGCACAUGUUGGUGAAGCAAUUGAUGGUUGGCUUCCUCGACGGGCUGACACUUUUGAGAAGAUUGACAAGAUUGGGUCAGGAACAUAUAGCAAUGUGUACAAAGCAAGAGAUACUAUGACAGGGAAAAUUGUUGCAUUGAAGAAGGUACGAUUUGAUAAUUUGGAACCAGAAAGUGUGAGAUUUAUGUCUAGAGAGAUUAUUAUUUUGCGGCGACUUGAUCAUCCAAAUGUUAUAAAAUUGGAGGGUUUGGUCACUUCGAGAAUGUCGUGUAGUUUGUAUUUGGUGUUUGAGUACAUGGAGCAUGAUUUAGCUGGACUUGCAGCUAGCCCAGAUAUCAAGUUUACAGAAGCACAGGUAAAGUGUUAUAUGCAUCAGUUAUUAUCUGGGCUUGAGCACUGUCACAACCGUGGUGUGCUCCACCGUGAUAUUAAAGGGUCGAAUCUUCUUAUUGACAAUGGAGGAAUGCUUAAGAUAGCUGAUUUUGGGUUGGCUACUAUUGUCAACCCUAACCACAAGCACCCUUUGACUAGUCGGGUGGUUACACUUUGGUAUCGAGCUCCAGAGCUUCUUCUUGGGGCAACUGACUACAGUGUAGGCAUAGACCUGUGGAGUGCAGGUUGCAUUUUAGCUGAAUUAUUGGCUGGGAAGCCUAUCAUGCCUGGUCGUACGGAGGUAGAGCAAUUGCAUAAGAUUUACAAGCUCUGUGGCUCUCCUUCUGAUGAAUAUUGGAAAAAAUCAAAGUUGCCAAAUGCAACCUUAUUCAAGCCCCGGGAGCCUUACAAGAGAUGUGUUUCAGAGACAUUCAAAAAUUUCCCUCCAUCAGCACUGCCUUUAAUUGAAAAUCUUCUUGCAAUUGAUCCAGCUGAACGUGAAACGGCAACCGAUGCAUUAAGGAGUGAAUUUUUCACUACAGAGCCACAUGCUUGUGAUCCUUCUAGCCUUCCGCAAUACCCUCCAACCAAAGAGAUGGAUGCCAAACGACGUGACGAUGAGGCUCGCAGAAUAAGAGCUGCCAAUAAAGCCCACGGUGAUGGCCCUAAGAAAACACGCACACGCGAUCGGGCUGUUCGAGCAAUGCCUGCACCAGAUGCCAAUGCUGAGCUGCAAUCUAAUCUCGAUCGGCGGCGUUUAAUCACCCAUGCAAAUGCAAAAAGCAAGAGUGAGAAGUUUCCUCCACCUCACCAGGAUGGAGCUCUUGGUGUCCCCUUGGGUGCUUCACAUCACAUUGACCCUGCAUUUGUUCCUCCUGAUAUCCCCUUUAGCUCCACUUCAUUCACCUAUUCAAAAGAACCCGUUCAAAAUUGGUCGGGUCCUUUGGUGGACCCUGUGGCUGUUGCUUCAAGAGGAAAGAAGUACGCUGCUCGAGAAUCGACAAAAUCUUUUACAAGCAAAAAAGACAAAAGUAGCAACCCGCGGGUUAAGGGGAAGGAAAGGAUGGCUUGAAAUUUUGUUGCAUAUAUUGAGAAUUUCAUACAGGAGAAAAUUGCAGACCUAUUGGAUCCAAAUGUAUUUACUUGGCCGGGAAUAGCAGUGCCGGCCCAUUCAGUGGUAAAAAAAUUUGUUUUAUCUUUCACAUAAAGAUUUUUCUGUUACUGCUCGAUUUGUUGGGAUGAUGAGAGGCUUCUGUUAUUAUGUAUAUUUUAAUUUUUUCCUUCUCUUAGAUCAGUGUGUUGGAAGUUAAUACUGUUUUGAUUAGAGAAAUUUUAAUAAAAGUUUGAGAGCCCAGUUCUGGUGUUACAUUCUUCACAA